CGGUAAAUCAUCUGAAGUUACAUUGAAACAUGUUUAUUGAGUUCAUACUUUAGCUUGCUCUUCCUUUUGUGGAAUAAUGAGUCUUAAUCAUUGGUUUCUCUAAAAAGAGUCUUAAUACAUGGUAUCCUCUUUAAGUUUUAUGAAACAUGAAUGCAUGUUUUUUUGGUAUCGACCAACACCCAAGGGUGUGUCCUAACUGUCAAUGAGGUUGGGAAGGACCAUGGAGACCAAGUGUUUAACAGAAGCAUACAGUGUCAAAUGAUUUGUUGUUGGAUUUGUCAUAUACCUUUGGUGGUAGGAGGUAGCGAAUAGCCAGAGGAUUGAAAGAGGAUGGUCUUGAUGCCUUUGAGGCUCCCAGGCAUCAAAAUGAUAGAAGUGAAGAUAUUGAAAUGGGAAUACAAAGACCAAUUGACUCUGGAGAACUAGGUCUUGAUGAUUUCUUUAAGCAGGUUCAACAAAUUGAGAAGCAGCAUGAAAAGUUGGAAAAGCUCCUGAUGAAGCUUCAGGAUGCUCAUGAAGAAUCAAAGGCUGUCACUAAAGCUACUGCUAUGAAAGCAAUUAAGCAGCGAAUGGAAAAAGAUGUUGACGAAGUUAGCAAAGUAGCCCGAUUCAUCAAAUCAAAGAUUGAGGGACUUGAUAAAGAGAAUCUGUCCAAUAGAAGCAAACCAGGGUGUGGUAAAGGAUCAGCUGUUGACAGAUCAAGAACCGCAACAACAGUUUCCUUGAAAAAGAAACUCAAAGAUAAAAUGUCCGAAUUUCAGACACUACGAGAGAACAUCCACAAUGAAUAUCGUGAGGUUGUUGAAAGGCGUGUAUAUACAGUGACAGGCAAUCGAGCUGAUGAAGAGACAAUUGAUCGGUUGAUAGAAACUGGGGACAGUGAGCAGAUAUUCCAGAAAGCUAUCCGGGAACAAGGGCGAGGGCAGAUAAUGGAUACGCUUGCGGAAAUUCAAGAGCGCCAUGAUGCAGUCAGAGAGCUAGAAAGGAAACUUCUUGAGUUGCAGCAGAUAUUCUUGGACAUGGCAGUGUUAGUUGAUGCUCAAGGGGACAUGCUUGAUAAUAUAGAAUCACAGGUUUCAGCUGCAGUUGACCAUGUGCAAUCAGGGAAUACUGCUCUACAAAAGGCAAAGAGUUUACAAAGGAAUUCAAGAAAAUGGAUGUGCAUUGCCAUCAUCAUUCUUCUGAUAAUCGUUGCAGUCAUAGUUGUUGGCGUGCUCAAGCCAUGGAAUAGCAACAAGGGUGCUUGAAUUUUUCACCCUGAUAAAGCGAUGUACAAAAUACUACUGCAAGUUACUGAGUUCUAUCUCUGCAAACACUUGGUCAAUUACAGCCUUAGUUAUUUUCUUGUGGAACCUAAAAUUGUCUACCUCAAACUUUAAGUUUGAACUGUCACUGAGAUGUAUUAUUUUAAUUAUUUACAAACCCGUUUCUUUUUCUUUUUUGGGGUUAGUGUAACGUCAGUGCAUAACUCAUUUCACUGUAGCUAAGAUAUGUUGCAUGUUGGUUGAACUGUUCUACCAGUGGCAUGGCAAGUGAUUGUGUUUUCUUUUGGUUGUGAUGAUCACAGAGCAAACACCAACAAAAUACGAUAUUCGUGGUAUGGUCUUUUAUGUCAAAUUAGUUCGGUCUAUUGUUUA